GAUAAGAAAAAUAAUGGAUUUGUAUAUUGUAUGAAGUAUUACUGCAAUAAAAAAAUCUUUUUAAAAUAAAAUAAUUAAAUUUAACAAUGGAAAUUAACAAAAACACAAUUUUAAUAACCGGAUUUGGUCCAUUUGGUAAUCAUAUUAUUAAUGCCAGUUGGGAAGCUGUAAAGGAAUUAAGUAAAUUAUGCGCUAAUUCAAAAAAGAUGAAGGAUAUUGAUGUAAUCGUGAAAGAGAUUCCAGUUUCAUAUGAAGACGUUAUCACGUAUAUACCUAAAUUUUGGAAAGAAUAUAAACCUAUAGUAGUUUUACAUAUAGGAGUAAGUUAUAAAGCACAAUGUUUGACUAUAGAAUGUUGUGCUCAUAGUAAUGGUUAUUUGAGACCAGAUAUAUUUAAUAAAUGUCCAGAUGAAAGUAAUAUUAAAACUGAAGUUUUGGAAACUGAAAUUAAUGUUACACAAAUCUGUAAUAUAAUUAAUGAAAAUUCAAAUGAAACAAAAUGUCAUGCUUGUAUUUCAUAUGAUGCAGGAAGAUAUUUAUGCGAAUAUAUAUUUUAUAAAUCUUUACAAAUUUCAUCUAAAAGAACAUUAUUUGUUCAUGUUCCUGAUCUAACUCAAUAUUCAAGUAUACAAAGUGCAAAAGGUUUAUUCAAUAUUUUGUAUUGUAUAAUUAAAAAUAAUAAAUUAUAAAUAAAACAGAAGUAAAAACAAUA